AUGAGAACUCAGGCAGUGAGAGAUCACAAUGCCAAUGAUGAUCUGGAUGGUGCUUUGAAUGAUACAAGCAAAGAGCAAGAGAUUGAAGUUGAAGAUGCAGAGGUCGAAGAGGAUGACGAUGACGAUGAUGAAGACGACAAUGAUGACAAGACAUACAAGUUGAUUAUCACUCAAAUGCACCUACGCAAAGUCAGAAAGGGCCACUUGGAAGCUUGGUGCACAGCGGUGCACUUCAUUCCAAAGAUUAUGAGACCCUUCGUGGACAUCCUGAUGGUCUUGCAGGUCAGUUUAGCAUGCCAUGGCAUUGCAGAGAAGUUGUGGGAUCUUGAUGAAUGGCCAGAUAUUGACCAGGAGAAGGCUUCUGAGUUAAUGAAGCAGUUUCGCGCUCUUCUGAAGAUCAUCCCAGGCCUGUCAAAGCUACUUCCCAGCCUCGAUGAUGAUCCAGACAGCCUCAUCUACCUCAUGAACUUUGGGUACAACGCUGAUGCCAUCGACAAGAAUGCCCUUAAGAGUGAUCUGCUGGCUUCCUGCUUUCGAGCACUGUUUACUGGUCCAAGCAGCGGCAAACAUCCUGUCAAUGCAUCUGGUUCCAACAAGAAAAAGGGCAGUGGUCGCAAUUUAAUUGCAGUCACUUAUCGCAUGAAAGAAUGCAACAAAUAUCAUGUUGCGUAUGUGACUACAUUGGCACGUUUCGCACUGAACGCUCAGCGUGAAUGGGCUGAAUCUGAUGGAGAUUUUGAUUAUGAAGAAUACUAUAACUACAUUCUCACCCUCUUUGACAACAAGGAGUGGUGCAAGGCCACUUUGGAUUGGUACAACGGCGAGGUCUUCAGAAGUAGUUGUCGCAAACGUUACGUCAACAGCAUGUAUGCACAAGAUGAUGGACCAUCAUCAAUGAACCUCCUCGCACAGCAGCGUGCUGCCAGAAAAGCACACACACAAAUGCUUAUCUCACUGCAGUCGAGCAACAGCUCUAUACCAGAGGAUAUAGUCCGGGAUUACAUAGAGAUGGCUGAUGAAAUCUUGGACCAACCUGGACCUGAGGUGAUGGAGCAGAUGAGUGAUCAAGAUGCAGAGGGAGAGGAUGAAGAUGCAGAGGGAGAGGAUGAGGAUGAGGAUGUGAAGGAAGAGGAUGAAGAUCUCAAGGAGAAGAUGCAGCUUCGCCGCCUUAGACGUGGUGCAAACUAA